CUUUCUUUUUGGAGCUUCUGAUUGAAGAAAGUCCAUUUUAAUUCUGACUUGAUGAAAUCCAGAUGUUCUGCAUUUUUUUUUUUUUGAUUGCAACAUCAGCAUCAGUUUACAGCCGUAACUUUUGGUCUGCUUCAGAUGAAGCUAUUGCGCCGGAGUCUUCGACCCAAAACCCGCUGGUGAGCGUCACAUUCCAACGAGAUCCGAACAGAAAGCAGAAGUACCUGGAGGCUGAGCCUAAAGCUCUCGGGCUGAGGGCCGGUUUGGGGAUGCAGAUAUUGUCCACCGUCGCCUCCUUCUUCAACUCGUCCAGGUUCGCCAUCUCCGUCACGCUGGCCGUUUACGCCUGCAAGGUGGUCAACUGCUGCGGGCCCGCUGGCAAAAUGCCUGUGAUCACGGUGCAGACCCCGCCGCCUGCCGAGUCCUGAGCCCGAGCCCUUGCAGUGACGUCUUUUCGAAGACCUCCUUUGUAUAUAUUCCCGCAUUUACUCACCUCUUCGUCAUGAGAAGCGCCGCUCCAGUGUUAGAGAUCCGAAUGGUACUUUUAUGCGCCGUGUCUUCCAGGAGCACUUUGUUGAUGCAGCUGACGUUUAUGAUGUCGAUUGAGUGCCAAUCGGCUAUUAUGGAAAAUGGAGUUUUUAUUUUCUGUAAAGCGCCUCUUCGAUUGUGAAAUCGUAUCUGCCUUUAACGUGGAUUUACUACAGCGGGAUUAAAUAAAACACAUUUUAUUAUGUCGUAAAAAGCAUUCAAAACAAAUCAAUAAACAUGAUUGUGAAGGACAGUUCCUGAUCAAAGAAGUCUUAAAUAAUGUGGGCGGGGAACUGGAUUGUUGGAAAUGGGCUAUUUCUUGUCUCCAGUUCAUUUGUCCACUUGUCCUGUGGGAGACGGAAAGUCCCCAUGAAGAGAUUUCCCGUUAAAUGAGCCAACAUGAGUGGACAUGCUUGAUGCGUGUGAAUAGCGUCAGGGUGACUUACGUGGGAUGCGGUCAAGUCGGCGCAACCUCGCUUGAGUCGGAUGAGGUCCCCCCAUAGCACGGCGCGGCGGCAGGACGGACAGCGGCCCUCCACGGGCAGCAGGUGGGACGGCUCGGGCCGCAGGAAACGCUUGGCCAGGCAGAUCACGUGGCUGCGCAUUCCGCACGACGCGUGGACGCAACUGAGCUUUUCUCGAGUCUGAGGGGAGCACAGGGCUGGCCGAUGAAUCCUUUUAAUGCCAAUUCGGCGGGGCCAUUUUCUCCAAUCACACGGGUCAAUUGCGCCGUAGCAGGGUUCGACUACAUCUGCGCGGAUUAUUUUGUCAUGGUAUGGUAAACGAUAAUUUAGCGGCAAUUUGAUCAAUUGUUCAACCCUAUUAUUUCCAUUGCACACAUUGGUGUUGUGACAAUGACUUGUUUUACUCUGACCAUUUCAAUAAAAUAUUUCAAAAAUCG